AUGCGUGAUUGGCGAACUGGGAAAACUAUUCGAGCGGGUAGUUGUUGGUCGGAUCAACAGCUACUUAGAGGAGACUCGGAUCCUGGCGCCAUCACAGUAUGGGGAUCCGUCUUGGGCCCUACGUUGUGGAACAUUGCCUAUGACAGUGUCCUUCGAACCCCGAUGCCAGGAGGCUUCCGUGUUGUCUUCUUUGCGGAUGACACGGCCCUGCUGUCAUCGGUAUGGGACCUGUCACAGGCCAUCAUGAAUGCCGAACGGGACCUUGACGUAAUAGUCAAGGAAAUUGAGGGAUUGGGUCUUAAAGUGGCACCGCAAAAGACGGUAGCAAUGGCCUUCCCUGCUUCUGCCCUCCGUACACGCAGGAAUGUCCCGCUCCCUAAAAUUUGCUUUAGAGGGGUUUCCGUAGUAGUUAAGACCAGGCGUGAUCCACUCGGUGCUCCUUUAUGGGGCGCCGGUGUGGUGGCGUGCUGUCGCGGAAGACACGAGAAUCGGGCGGGCUGUUCGAAGCCUCCAGAGGAAGGUGGCGAUCCGGGUGUGCUGUGCAUACCGGACGGUCUCCUUCCAUGCGUCUAUGAUGAUUGCGGAGAUUAUCCUCUUAUGCAUCUGGCACCCCGACUGGCGGAGACGUAUGCGGCUAUUAGAGACGCGGAGGAACCUGUUUCCCCGCGUGCUAAGGCGGUAUUGGGUGCUCUUGCCAGAAGGAGGGCAGUAGAGGCAUGGAGGGCUGAGGAGAUUGAGCUUCUUGAGUCCCCGGCGACAACGGGAGAACGCGUGCGGACGGCUGUUGCCGAAUGGUUGGCUGAGUGGAUUGAAAGGCCGUUCUGUAUAAGUACGACAUUUCAUACCACGCAGCUGAUGACCGGCCAUGGCUGUUUUGCGGCGUAUCUUUUUAAAAUUAGGAAGAUACCCACCCCGCAGUGCCUCCACCGCGGAGAGGGUGAAGAUACGGCAGAGCACACCCUGGUCGACUGCCCAGCGUGGACGGAUGACAGGAGUGAGUUGGUGAACACGAUGGGGGGAGGACAGCUGUCCCUUCCCGCGAUUGUCAGGGCCUCUCUGACAGUUCCGGGAGGAUGGGCUGCCUUUCGAACCUUCGCCGGACAGGUUAUGCGUGCCGAAGAGGACGCUGAAAGGCGCAGAGAACGGGCGCGGAAAGGACGUGUUUGUGAGCGUGCGGAAUUGCGUGAUGACGGGAGUGCGAACGAUAGGCCGCAUAGGAGAGUUGCUCCAGAGUGA